GCAUGUCUUCCUCUGGCAGCUUCUUUACCAAACUAACCCGAUCCUCCAGCGAUUCAGAGUCCCACUCCUCGUCUUCCGAAAGCCACAACCUCUUCCGCCUUCUCAGGCGCCACCCCAAGCCCAAUGCCCGUCGCUCAGCUGCUAUCGGAUUAACGCUUUCAUCCCUUGACCCUGUAAGUCCCCGCUCCAUAGAUACCUUGCAAGAGCCAAGACCGGUCAGUAGAGGCGAGAUUCUGCCGCUUGGACCCGGCACGUCUGGUCGGGAGAAGCUUAUCGCCACAGAAGCGAUCUUAAAGCAAGGAGUGCCUGCGCUUCGGUUCACGCACAAAAAAAAGUCGCAGAGAGUAUUGAAAAUCAGUUUGGCUGAUUUCACGCUCUCCUGGACCCGCGACAACCGCAAAUCCACCAACAGCCUCUCCAUCGCCAACAUCAAGCAGAUCCGGACCGGUGCCGAUGCGAAAAACUACAGGGAGGAGUUCAAGGUGUCGGCAGAGUUUGCGGCAAAGUGGGUCACCAUCAUCUACCUCGAGAAAGACAUGUCCAAGUUGAAGGCGUUGCACUUAGUGAUGAGCUCGGAGAAGGAUCUCUCCUCCAUCGUGGGGUCCCUCAACAGCGUGAUCACGUUCCAGCGCGAGCUCAUAAACAACUUCCUCCUCGACGACAACUUUCUAGCGCUACAGUUGGGUAAAAUGGGGCUCGAGGCCCCCGAAGCGGCCCCAGGCGACAGCUCGGAAAGAGAAAUCGACUUGAUGGACAUUGUCACGGGAAGCCUCCCGGUUCUGUCGCCCAGACCCCAGAAGAGCUGUCUUACGUUUGAAGACACCCUUAAGAUCACGCGCCAGUUGCAUAUCAACCUCAGCGAACAGUACCUCCGCAAGAUCUUUUCCCAGAUCGAUACCGGCAAGGGCUAUCUCGACUUUUGCGAGUUUAAGGAGUUUGUGCGGGUGUUGAAGAAGCGUAGCGAUGUCGGAAUGGUGUUCCGAGGGCUCAAUUACGGACCGAGGCUCUAUUUUCAGGGCUUUCUUGAGUUUCUCGUCCGGGUUCAACAGGAGUACUAUGACGUGGAAUACGCGUACAAGUUGUUCCGAAAGUUUGCUGAGCCCGGCGACGAGCCGUACAUGACGGCAGAGUCGUUCAACAACUAUCUCAUGUCGAACUAUUCCAGUCACUUAAAGAGUAUCCCCGAGGACAUGACGCGGCCGCUCAAUGAGUAUUUCAUCUCGUCGUCCCACAAUACGUAUCUCUUGGGGCGCCAGGUCGGGGGCGAGUCGCUGGUGGAGCUCUAUAUCAAGGCGUUGCAACGUGGCUGCCGCUGCGUGGAGAUUGACAUUUGGGACGAUGUGACAGGCACCGUGCCUAUUGUCUCGCACGGCCGCUCAUUCACCUCUCCCAUCGACUUAUUGCUGGUCAUCGAGGCGAUCCGGAAGUACGCCUUCAUCACAACCCCGUUCCCACUCAUUCUCAGCCUUGAGGUCCACUGUUCUCCGGCGAACCAACUGCAGGUAAAGACGAUGAUGCAGGAAGUGUUUGGCGAAAUGUUGGUCAUGGCGCCUCUCGACGGGGUGCCCAAGCUCCCCAGUCCGUUGGACCUGAAGCACAAGAUCUUGGUCAAGGUGAAAAAACACCAGCUGAGGGAACCCUGGGGAUCGUCAUUCUCCAGCACUAGUACCGCCAGUGCCUUUGAAGAACUGAAAACCACCAGCACUGAAGAGCUGAGACUCACUGUCAGCGCCACCAGCACUCAUAGUGAGGAUCUGAAAUUCGCUGUUGGCUCUCUCGAAGACCAGGGACGGUUUAUACGAAAGAGACGGCUGCAGGGGAUUGUCACGGAGGAGCUUUCGGCUCUCGGAGUGUAUGUUCUCGGUCAGAAAUUCAAUAACUUCUCGCUCCCCGAGUCCAAGACGUUCAAUCACUGUUUCUCUUUCAACGAAAAGAAACUCAAUUCUUUGCUCAAAGACACGGUCAAGCGGGAAUCCGUAGACAAACAUAACAUCACAUUCUUGAUGCGUGUGUACCCCUCGCGCUUCCGGCUCGCGUCGUCCAACUUUUCACCCGUGGCGUACUGGGCCCAUGGUGUCCAGAUGGUGUCGACCAACUGGCAGACAUACGACGUGGGCCAGCAGAUCAACGAAGCCAUGUUUUCUGUGGGGCUGAAGGCGGGGUAUCUUCUCAAGCCCAAAUCCCUCCGCACGCCCAGGCCAAAAACGCGCCGUCGCUCUGUGGCGUGUCAUCAGCGCCGCAAGAUCACACUCACCGUGGACAUCAUCAGCGGCCAGCAGAUCCCCAAGCCCAAAGAGUUUAAGUACGAUGACGAGAAGAUUAACCCGUAUGUCGAGCUCCAGGUGUUUGGAUUCACAAAAUUGACGAUAACCAGCCAUCGGCUCAGUGACAUGACGCAGCUCGCAUGCCUCAGCGACAAACGUGGAGGCGAUGACGAGGGCAAGGAUGGGAUGGUGAAUGCCGCCGGAUCUCUGCCGUUUGCAACACCCACGGUGUUCGACAACGGGUUCAACCCGAUCUGGAACACCCGGUUUGUUGCUACAAUUGAGGCGCUCAACGACUUGGUUUUCAUACGCUUCAUGGUCAAGUCCGGAGAUGCACAGAUCGGGUUGUUGAUGGUGAAGUUGGACUAUCUCAGCAAGGGCAUCCGAUACUUGCCGAUCUUUGACUUGAGCGGCGAGGAAUAUAUUUUCUCGUCGUUGUUAGUGAAGAUUGAUUACGAGAUUGAGGUGAUGUAAGCGGCGAAGUGAAACAAGGGAUUAUUACUGGGGGUAACAAUCUAAGUGAUUUAUUAAAGAUCCAAGGGUUAUGUAAUGGUUAAACGACCCAUCAUUCAGAUAGUUUGAAAUACGCGAUAAUUAAAUGACAGCACGCCAUGCUCACUCAUCGCCGGACUGGUUAAUAUUUAUAGCAAGCAAUGGAUAGCAGGAAUUUCGAUCAUAGAGGAUUAUGUUGCUUGGCGCUAGAUUUGGUCGUACCUUGCGUCAUUUAUCUGUCUUUGGAUUACGCGUUUGUUAUAUUUAAACUAGCCUCUACUCUAUUUCGAGCUUAGGCAUUUAAUUAUAAACAUUACUAAUCAACUACAUAGUUUGGUC